CUUGCGCGGAAAAUUGGUCACUUGUUGGACAAAGUGCACGCUACGCCUACAAUGGCAGCUGCGAUCAGUCUCUUUUUUAGUCACCCGCUGUAGCUCUAAUUAAAUUUACACACUUGGGAAAAAUGGGUAUCGACAUUGCCAACAAGCACGUUAAGAGCAAGAACCGCUCCGCUCCCGUCAGCGAGAACGUCUACCUGCUGCUCCUGGUCAAGCUUUACCGCUUCCUUGCCCGCCGCACCAACUCCAACUUCAACAAGGUUGUCCUGAAGCGUCUGUUUAUGUCGCGCGUUAACCGUCCCCCGGUCUCCCUGUCGCGUCUGGUCUCCCUGACCAAGAACGCCACUGCCAAGACCGCCGUUGUCAUCGGUACCAUCACCGACGACGAGCGUCUGGACGUUCUCCCCAAGCUCUCGGUUGCCGCCCUCCGCGUCACCAGCGCUGCCCGCGCCCGCAUUCUGAACGCCGGCGGUGAGGUCCUUACCCUUGACCAGCUUGCCCAGCGUGCCCCCACCGGCUCCAACUGCGUCCUUCUCCGUGGUGAGCGCAACGCCCGUGAGGCUGUCAAGCACUUUGGUUCCGGCCCCGGUACCCCCGGCUCCCACACCAAGCCCUACGUCCGUUCCAAGGGCCGCAAGUUCGAGCGUGCUCGUGGUCGUCGUGCCAGCUGCGGCUACAAGAACUAAGCUUCUCUUUUUCAAAUUUAAUCAAAUUUUGUCUUUGGGUGCUUUGUUGAUUCCAAAAAUUGCAAGCAUGUUUUAUAUAACUCUUUUGAAUAUGCAGUUUCAAAACAGAUGAACCAGCAAAACUAAAUGUGUGCUAUGCAUGACUUGAUGAAUUGACCGAUAUAAUUUUUGAUAUUUAUAAUGUAAUGGAAAUAAAGCUG